GGAAACAAAAACAAAAAAACUACCGUAAAAACUCUCUCUCGUCACUCUUUAGAGAAAACUCCCACAGCCACGCCAGCCAAAAGCCGCCCGCCGACCUCCUCCGAAUGCCGCCCAGGGCGAACGCCACCGCUCGUGUCUCCAUCGUCGUCGCCGGUGGCUGGAAUUCUCUAGAAAAUGCUUAGAAACCCCAACUCUUUUACGACGAUUUUGGGUUGUUGAAUUGAAUUGAACCCUUCUUGCGGCGUGAGGUGGCGUUGGUCCGGCCAGGCGGUUUUGGUGGUGCUUUUCAGAGGUGGUGAUGGGUUUUUCUCAGAUAUCCGGUAGGGUUCGCCUCGGCCUGAGCGGUGGCGGCGUGGUCCGACUCUGGGCGGUGAAGUUUGUCUUAGGUGGCGGUGGUUUCAUUGGAAAUCUGAAGGUGCGGUGGUGGGGCUCGGCCUGGGCGAUGAAGCUUCUCUCAGGUGGCGGUUGUUUUCCUGUGUUUGUUCCGGGAUGUUCAGCGUGAGAGUGAGUUUCUACUUUCUACCACAACCUCACAGAAUACUCGCUCAAAUUUUUUAACCCAUCCUAAAGAUGGGUAAGAAAUCAGAAUGACCCGACCCAACUAAGACCCAAAAUAAAAACGGCCGAUGACCAACGUGUCGUAUAUAUAUAUAGAGUUAGUUUAAGAUUGAGGCGCCAACUUGCUCAACUCAAACAGCCACAGAAAAUCAGAAUCAAUCUCUCUCCCUCCUCAAAGAUUCGUCAUCUCUGCUUGCAACUCGCAAAAAUGCCGAUUGACAUCCGCCGCUCACCGAGCCUGUUAAGGGAAAGAUCUAAAUUUAUGAAGUUAGUGAGGGACUGCAACAACGGAGAAGUAUAUGAUCGUUUUAAGCAAAUACUUAACGAUCACGAAGAACAAAGGAAUAACUGUGUUGUAACUUGUUCAAGGAUUGACGAGUUAUUCAAUGAUCACAUUCAACUUGCUCAAGGUUUCCAUGGUUUCAAAAAGCUAUUCAACUUAGCCGUCUUUCAUGCCAAACUCGGGGAUCGUCUUGCCAUCAACGAUUACCAGCGUUAUUUAGAGUAUUUUAAAAUUCUCCAACGUUUUCGUAGUGGGCAGAAGAGCAUGAAGAAAAUGGUAGAAGAGUUAGCCGUACUUUUUGCUUGUCAUAUGGAUUUAUUCUUGGAGUUCUGUGAAUUCUUACCGCGUGAUCACUUUGGAUUGUGGUGAGUGAGAAAAGGCCAUCAUCAUGGAAAAGUUCAAAAACUCAAACAUGUUCCAAUGAUUUACUUUUGUUUCUGUUUCUUCUUGCAUUGUUAUUUUUGUGGUUUGGUAGGACUUAAUUCUUGUAAGAGAGAUUCACAAUUAAUUCAUCAAUUGACAAUGAUAAUUCUUUUCUAAGUGAAAUACAAAAUGUAUGAUCAAGGAAUGGUA